UUGAGGCACUCGCUCGAAUCCGAACGGGGCCGACGACAGGGUCUCGGGGGGGGGGCGAGGGGAGCCUUGAGCUUCGAGCUGUGAGCCUUGAAUCUUGAGGCGAGCAGCGCUCGGGUGUCAGAGGUUUUUGUCAGUGCAUUCCAGAGCAGAUUUAUUGCAAUUCGGAGGUGACUCGAGUUCGUUCAUUCGAGCCUGAUUGGCACUCGAUCGGCCACGUGCCGCUAGCCUUCUCCCGUCCAUUGCAUCGGAUUCGGGGCGAGAGAGAGAGUGAGAGAGCGACAGAGAAGAGAGACGAUAACAAACAGAGUGCACCUUCCAUUGUCGUAGUAGUGUCGUGGUCUUCUUAUCCCAGACAUUGGCCGUAGGACCGCAGAGUAGAGAAGUGAUCAAAUAGAAGACACUGGUGGGAAGUAGAGGGACAGUUGUUGUAUAGGAGCUCACGAGGAAAGGAAAAGGUGCAAGGGAAAAUCGCCCAGGGACACAACACGACCACUGCGUGCUUUGUGAGAUCUACUGUAGGUUGGCAGUCAUGGCGGCGACUGGCAUGACUGUGAUAUCAACUUCCGCCGUUCAUCUUCCAGCCGUAAGCACGCCCUCGUCGUCUCGUGCCCCAAGGACUCAAUGCAAAGCCGCUCUCAACUCUAAUUUCGAAGGUGUCCGCCUCGCCAACGAUGUGGAUCGUCUGGGAAAAUCAGCCGACAAAAUCCUGUCUAGCUCCGUACCUCUUGUUGCUGCAAAGUCCAUCCGAAAGGGUAUCAGCGCUAUCGGAGGGGGCAUGUUCACAUCUACCCGCCCUGAAGUCCGUCGAAUUGUGCCUGAGGCCCGCCCUGGAGUUCCCGUUGUCAAGGUCGUGUACGUCGUCUUGGAGGCACAGUAUCAGUCCUCCCUGUCAGCUGCAGUGAGGAACAUUAACAGGAAUAGGAAGGAUUUGCGAGUCGAGGUAGUUGGUUACUUGGUUGAGGAGCUCAGGGAUGCGGAAAACUAUGAAACUUUCAAGAAGGAUCUGGAGGAUGCCAAUAUCUUCAUUGGGUCACUCAUCUUCGUCGAGGAGUUGGCAACUAAAGUCAAAGCCGCUCUGGAACCUCAAAGAGAUAGGAUGGAUGCCAUUUUAGUUUUCCCAUCCAUGCCCGAGGUUAUGAGGCUGAACAAGCUCGGAACUUUCUCGAUGUCUCAGCUUGGUCAGUCCAAGAGUGCCAUUGCCCAAUUCAUGCGCAGGAAGCGCAAGGAGUCUGGAGGCAAUUUCGAGGAGGGUAUGCUGAAGUUGAUCCGGACUCUGCCGAAGGUACUGAAGUACUUGCCCACCGACAAAGCGCAAGAUGCAAGGAAUUUCAUCAUGAGUUUGCAGUUCUGGCUCGGUGGCUCUCCCGAGAAUUUGGAGAACUUCCUCGUUAUGAUUUCGAACUCAUACGUACCCGCCUUGAGGGACAGUACAUUGGACUUCAAUGAGCCCGUAGCCUUCCUCGACACUGGUAUCUGGCACCCUAUGGCGCCGACCAUGUACGACGACAUCAAGGAAUACCUUAACUGGUAUGGCACUAGACGUGAUGCUAGCGCCGAGCUGAAGAGGCCAGAUGCUCCAGUCGUUGGAUUGAUCCUGCAGAGAAGUCACAUCGUCACCGGAGACGAUGGUCACUACGCUUCAGUGGUCAUGGAAAUGGAAGCCAGGGGCGCUAAAGUUGUUCCCAUUUUCGCCGGUGGACUCGAUUUCUCCACCCCUGUCGAUAGAUUCUUCUAUGACCCCAUCACCCGAAAGCCUUUGGUACAGUCUGUUGUGUCCUUGACUGGAUUCGCCCUUGUUGGAGGACCCGCUACCCAGGAUCAUCCCAAAGCCAUCCAGGCUCUUCAGAAGUUGAACGUCCCGUAUCUGGUGGCAUUGCCAUUGGUAUUCCAGACCACGGAGGAGUGGUUGGACAGCUCUUUGGGACUGCACCCUAUCCAAGUUGCUCUGCAGGUUGCUCUCCCCGAGCUGGACGGAGGUUUGGAGCCCAUUGUGUUUUCUGGAAGGGACAGCAGAACCGGAAAGUCACAUGCUCUCCACGACCGUGUAGAGCAGCUUUGCACUCGUGCCAUCAACUGGGCCAAAUUGAAGCGCAAGGACAAGGCCGAAAAGAAAUUGGCAAUCACCGUCUUCAGCUUUCCCCCAGACAAGGGUAACGUCGGAACUGCCGCCUACUUGAAUGUGUUCUCCUCCAUCUACAGCGUGUUGAAGGAGCUGAAGGAAGAUGGCUACAACGUGGAGGGUCUGCCGGAGUCCUCCGAAGCUUUGAUCGAGGAAGUUAUUCACGACAAGGAAGCUAAGUUCAGCAGCCCCGACCUGAACAUCGCCUACAAGAUGCCAGUGCGCGAGUACGAGAGGCUGACCCCAUACUCCAAGGCACUCGAAGAGAGCUGGGGAAAAGCCCCAGGAACUCUUAACUCCGACGGCCAGAACCUGCUCGUCUACGGAAAGCAAUUCGGAAAUGUCUUCAUCGGCGUCCAGCCCACCUUCGGAUACGAAGGAGAUCCCAUGAGGUUGCUGUUCGCCAAGUCUGCCAGUCCUCACCACGGAUUCGCUGCAUACUACACUUUCCUGGAGAAGAUCUUCAAGGCCGAUGCUGUGCUUCACUUCGGUACCCACGGUUCCUUGGAGUUCAUGCCCGGAAAGCAAGUCGGUAUGAGUGAUGUCUGUUACCCCGAUUCCUUGAUCGGUAACAUUCCCAACAUCUACUACUACGCUGCCAACAACCCUUCUGAGGCCACCAUCGCCAAGAGAAGGAGUUAUGCUAACACCAUCAGUUACUUGACGCCCCCUGCUGAGAAUGCCGGUCUGUACAAGGGACUGAAGCAGCUGAGUGAGCUGAUCGCCUCUUACCAGUCGCUGAAGGACACUGGCAGAGGACCUCAGAUUGUCAACUCAAUCAUCUCCACUGCCAAGCAGUGCAACCUCGACAAGGAUGUGGAACUUCCAGAGGAAGGUUCCGAUCUGAGCUCCGAUGCUCGUGACACUGUGGUCGGCAGAGUGUACGGUAAGCUGAUGGAGAUUGAGUCCCGUCUCUUGCCUUGCGGCCUGCACGUCAUCGGUGAACCUCCAAGCGCAGAAGAGGCUGUGGCCACAUUGGUCAACAUUGCUGCCAUCGACAGGCCCGAGGAGAACAUCUUCGGUUUGCCCGGUAUUCUGGCUGAAUCUUUGGGGCGACAAAUCGAGGACAUUUACAGAAGCAGCGACAAGGGAGUUCUGAGCGAUGUCAUGUUGUUGAAUGAGAUCACCAUGACUUGCCGAGAGGCAGUGAAAGCCUUCGUGGACAGGACAACCAACAGCAGGGGACAAGUGACGAAGGUUGCCGAGGGAUUCGCCAACAUAUUGGGUCUCGGAAGGAAGGAGCCCUGGGUGGAGGUUCUGCAGAGGACCAAGUUCAGAGACUCGGACAGAGAUAAAUUGAAGGUCACCUUCGACUUUUUGGCCUUCUGCCUGAAGCAGGUGGUCGCAGACAACGAGCUUGGAGGUCUGAAGCAAGCUUUGGAAGGAAAGUAUGUCGAGCCUGGCCCAGGAGGAGACCCGAUCAGGAACCCCAAGGUUCUGCCCACCGGCAAGAACAUCCACGCUCUCGACCCGCAGGCCAUUCCCACUGCUGCAGCUUUGGGCAGUGCCAAGGUCGUGGUCGAGCGUCUUCUCGAAAGGCAAAAGCUCGAGAAUGACGGCAAGUACCCCGAAACCAUCGCUUUGGUUCUGUGGGGAACUGACAACAUCAAGACAUACGGAGAAUCUCUUGCCCAGGUUCUGUGGAUGGUGGGAGUACGACCCGUGCCUGAUGCUCUUGGUCGUGUGAACAAGGUUGAGCCAGUUCCUCUCGAGGAGCUCGGUCGCCCUCGUGUUGAUGUUGUGGUGAAUUGCUCCGGUGUGUUCAGAGACCUGUUCAUCAAUCAGAUGAACCUUCUCGACAGGGCUGUGAAGAUGGUGGCUGAGCUCGACGAGCCAUUGGAGAUGAACUUCGUGCGCAAGCACGCCCUUGAGCAAGCUGCAUCAUUGAACGUCACAGUACGUGACGCAGCAACCCGAAUUUUCUCGAACGCUUCCGGCUCGUACUCAUCGAACGUGAAUCUGGCGGUGGAGAAUUCGUCAUGGAACGACGAGCAACAGCUGCAGGACAUGUACCUGUCGAGGAAGUCGUUCGCCUUCAACUCGGACAGGCCCGGAGCCGGAAUGGCUGAGAACCGAAAGAUCUUCGAGUCAGCCCUCGCCACGGCAGAGGCCACAUUCCAGAAUUUGGACUCGUCAGAGAUUUCACUCACUGACGUCUCGCAUUACUUCGAUUCCGACCCCACGAAGCUGGUCCAAAACCUCCGCAAGGACGGCAAGAAGCCGAACUCAUACAUCGCAGACACCACCACCGCGAAUGCGCAGGUGCGCAGUCUGUCGGAGACAGUGCGCCUGGACGCGAGGACCAAGAUGCUGAACCCUAAAUGGUACGAGGGUAUGCUCUCGUCGGGAUACGAGGGAGUGCGCGAAAUCGAGAAGAGGCUGACCAACACCAUGGGAUGGAGCGCGACCUCGGGCCAGGUCGACAACUGGGUGUACGAGGAGGCGAAUUCGACCUUCAUCGAGGACGAGGCCAUGCAAAAGAGGCUGCUGGAGACGAACCCUAACUCGUUCCGCAAGCUGGUGGCGACAUUCCUCGAGGCGAACGGACGAGGCUACUGGGAGACGAACGAGGAGAACCUCGAGCGCCUGCGACAGCUGUACUCGGACGUCGAGGACAGAAUCGAGGGCAUCGACAAGUGAGCUCGCGAUCGAUCGAGCCAUCCGUCGAGCGAUCAGUCGAGCAAUUUAUCGAGCGAUGUAUCGAGAGAUCGAUCGAGCGCCGGCGUGUAAAAUUUGUGUCUGGAGAGGUCGAAUAGUUAUCCGGAGACGGUGUAAGGAUAAUCUUGGGUAGACGUAGAACGCCGCCGGGCGGAAGUGCGGUGGCGCUGCGCACGAGUAGAGAAGAGAGUGGACGACGACAUUUGAAGCAUUUGAAGCAUUUGAAGCAGCCCUUCCGUUUCGAUUCUGUGACAUAUUGUACUCAUUCUUUCCGAUUUCUCUUGCGGAGACGGAAAUGCUCCUGUUAAUAAGAAGCUCUAGUGACUGGCGCACAACGAGACAUCUUUUCCUG